UCUGUCGCGUUGAUUACUUGCACAUUUGCAAAAGCCAAGAACUGUCAAAUUAAUACCAAAUUUCUGCUGUGUUGUGUUCCCGUAUACAAAGAGGAGAAUAUUGAGAAUAUAUCAUCAAAUAACAAUUUUGUUAAAAAGUUUUACACAUUUCCGUGAAAAAGGCAUUGAUAGCCUAGACUAUACGUUUAAAAAGCAAAAUUAAAUUUUUUUAUCACAACAAAUAUGGAUCGUUUAUUGCGUUUGGGUGGCGCUAUGCCACAAGCAGCUCCACCAACUGAUGCUCCCGUGGUAGAUACUGCUGAACAGGUUUAUAUUUCCUCACUGGCCUUAUUGAAAAUGUUGAAGCAUGGUCGUGCUGGUGUGCCCAUGGAAGUCAUGGGUUUGAUGUUGGGCGAAUUUGUGGAUGAUUAUACUGUGCAGGUUAUUGAUGUAUUCGCCAUGCCUCAGACUGGUACCGGUGUUUCCGUGGAAGCUGUAGACCCUGUGUUCCAAGCUAAAAUGUUGGAUAUGUUAAAACAGACAGGACGACCUGAAAUGGUGGUGGGUUGGUAUCACUCACAUCCUGGCUUUGGUUGUUGGUUGUCCGGUGUCGAUAUCAAUACGCAACAGUCAUUCGAAGCUUUGUCGGAAAGGGCAGUUGCCGUUGUCGUAGAUCCCAUACAAUCUGUCAAGGGUAAAGUCGUUAUUGAUGCCUUCCGUCUCAUUAACCCCAAUAUGUUGGUAUUGGGCCAGGAGCCCCGCCAGACAACCUCAAAUUUGGGCCAUUUACAAAAACCCUCCGUACAAGCAUUGAUUCAUGGUUUGAAUCGUCAUUACUAUUCCAUAAGCAUUAAUUACCGCAAAAAUGAGUUGGAGCAAAAAAUGUUAUUGAAUCUGCACAAAAAGUCGUGGAAAGAUGGUCUCACACUGGAGGACUACAACGAACAUAGUUCAAUUAAUGAAAGCACAGUACAGGAAAUGCUAGAAUUGGCCAAGAACUACAACAAGUCCUUGGAAGAUGAAGAGAAAAUGACACCCGAACAAUUAGCCAUUAAGAAUGUGGGUAAACAAGACCCGAAACGUCAUUUGGAAGAAAAGGUCGACAAGGUGAUGCAAAACAACAUUGUCCAGUGUUUGGGUGCUAUGUUGGAUACGAUUGUUUUCAAAUGAACAUUUUUGCAUAGCAUUUGUUUUUGUAAUAUUCUGAAUUCUCUAGUGUUACGCAUACGCAGACAGCAUUAAAAACAAAAGAAAAUGAUCAUACAUUAUUUAAUAAA